GAGACCUGAUGAAUGUCCCUGUCCCUCCAGAGUCCCUGAAGCACCAGUGAAGGGAGAGGGCCUGGCGAGACAGCAUGUACAGGAUCCCAAAGAUGGCGACCUGCCAGCCUGGACUGCCAGUGAAGGCCAGAAUCAUGCUGUAGCUCUGAACCCACAGCUCCUCUGCCCCUGGCCCAUGAGAAUUUCAGCUGGAGAGACAGCAUGCCCUGGUAAGUGAAGUCCUGCCACUUCGAGACAUGGAAUCAUCUUUCUCAUUUGGAGUGAUCCUUGCUGUCCUGGCCUCCCUCAUCAUUGCUACUAACACACUAGUGGCUGUGGCUGUGCUGCUGUUGAUCCACAAGAAUGAUGGUGUCAAUCUCUGCUUCACCUUGAAUCUGGCUGUGGCUGACACCUUGAUUGGUGUGGCCAUCUCUGGCCUACUCACAGACCAGCUCUCCAGCCCUUCUCGGCCCACACAGAAGACCCUGUGCAGCCUGCGGAUGGCAUUUGUCACUUCCUCCGCAGCUGCCUCUGUCCUCACGGUCAUGCUGAUCACCUUUGACAGGUACCUUGCCAUCAAGCAGCCCUUCCGCUACUUGAAGAUCAUGAGUGGGUUCGUGGCCGGGGCCUGCAUUGCCGGGCUGUGGUUAGUGUCUUACCUCAUUGGCUUCCUCCCACUCGGAAUCCCCAUGUUCCAGCAGACUGCCUACAAAGGGCAGUGCAGCUUCUUUGCUGUAUUUCACCCUCACUUCGUGCUGACCCUCUCCUGCGUUGGCUUCUUCCCAGCCAUGCUCCUCUUUGUCUUCUUCUACUGCGACAUGCUCAAGAUUGCCUCCAUGCACAGCCAGCAGAUUCGAAAGAUGGAACAUGCAGGAGCCAUGGCUGGAGGUUAUCGAUCCCCACGGACUCCCAGCGACUUCAAAGCUCUCCGUACUGUGUCUGUUCUCAUUGGGAGCUUCGCUCUAUCCUGGACCCCCUUCCUUAUCACUGGCAUUGUGCAGGUGGCCUGCCAGGAGUGUCACCUCUACCUAGUGCUGGAACGGUACCUGUGGCUGCUCGGCGUGGGCAACUCCCUGCUCAACCCACUCAUCUAUGCCUAUUGGCAGAAGGAGGUGCGACUGCAGCUCUACCACAUGGCCCUAGGAGUGAAGAAGGUGCUCACCUCAUUCCUCCUCUUUCUCUCGGCCAGGAAUUGUGGCCCAGAGAGGCCCAGGGAAAGUUCCUGUCACAUCGUCACUAUCUCCAGCUCAGAGUUUGAUGGCUAAGACGUCGCUUUGCUUACCAGUCUGGCCCAGAGGAGAAACAUGCUUGCUUUCACCAUAGCAAGCAUCGUGUUCCUACAACUGAAGAACUUUUUGACUCUCAAGUGGAUGAUGGAACCCAAUAUGCCUUGAAAUGCUGAGCAUCCAGCAAGUACCAGGCCAGCAAUAAGGCACAUUCUUGGAUUGUAUUGUGAGUUACUGGGAACUAGGUAAAAUACGAAUAACUGGAUUUUGGACAAAAUUGAAAGCAGGCUCAAACCAAUGCCCUCCUUACUGGUGGUUCAAAGCUUAAAUCCUGGCCUUGCUACAAAGGACUGAUCUUGCCAAGAUAAUAUAAGCAAAGUGGAAUGAAAAUUAAAGUUAAUUCUGAAGCCAAGGUCCUUUUAGAAAAAAAAAAAGUAAAUUAGCCUGAUUUAAUCAUUCCACAUUUUAAACAUAUAUCAACAUCACAUUGUACCCCACGUAAUAUAUACAAUUAUUUGUCAAUUAAAAAUAAAAAAUAUAUAUUUUUUUAAGUACAGAAAAGCAGGAGGGGAGGGGAGGCCAGGUGAUCAGUGUGUUAUUAGGUUCAAUCUAAGAAACUCUGCUACCCCUGGGAGUCAGUAUGUGCAAUGGAAAAAUCACAGGUCUUGAAAUCCAACAGACCAGUGUUCAAAUGAUAAUUCAAUCAUUUAAAUUCUCAAACUAGAUCUCUCAUUCAUCAAACUGGGGUAAUAAUGCCUACUUUACAUGGUUAUAUUGAAGAUUAACUCAGAUAAUGUAUAUGUAAAUAUCUAGUAAACUACAGCACAUUGUUAGUGCUCAAAAAUGUCAGUUCUCUUCCUCUUCUUUAAACACCCUGGACUAAACAGUCAGUUGACCCAUUUAAGGGAGUCCCUCAUAUUCAGAUAUUAUGACAUAUAGGACAAGGACAAUUGGACUCAGAACUGUAAAUUCCUCAACCUCUGAAUAAGAUUUUUAAAAAUGAGUGAUGAGAGGUGAUUCAGGUUGAAAAAGACAAACAAUAAAUCUAAUACCUUAGCAGUAUCAAGACAGAGCAGAUACAAACAAGGCACUGGCACUAGUAUGGUAAUUGGAUUUAAGAGUAAUCACAAUUAAAAACACUGUGUUUGGCCGGGCAUGGUGGCUCACGCCUGUAAUCCCAGCAUGUUGGGAGGCUGAGGCAGGUGGAUCACGAGAUCAGGGGUUCAAAACCAGCCUGACCAAUAUGGUGAAAACCUGUCUCUACUAAAAAUACAAAAAUUAGCUGGGCACGAUGGCAGGCGCCUGUAAUCCCAGCUACCCAAGAGGCUAAGGCAGGAAAAUCGCUUGAACCUGGGCGGCAGAGGUUGCAGUGAGCCAAGGUCGCGCCACUGCACUCCAGCCUGGGCAACAGAGUGAGACUCCGUCUCAAAAAAAGAACAAACAAACAAACAAACAAACAAAAACAGCAACAACACUGUGUUUAAUAAGCCACCAAGAGCAGAGAUACAGGAUGCUACACAAAAGUCUAAUGGCUUUCUUUGAUGCAAGCUCCUUCACAGAUAAGGGAAUGUACCGGAAACGUUUAGAUUUCAUUCAUACAUCUGAUGUUGUUUCCUGAUAGGCUUACCAAGAAACCAGAUUCAGUUCAGCAAGGUGAUCAAAACAUCCCAGAUAUUAAUACCUUGUAGGAUGCAAUGUAGGCCAAUCAGUCCCAUUUAUUAUUUCCAUGAACAGCUUACUGUGAAUUUGUGGUGUUUUUGUUUUAAGAGACAGGGUCUCGCUCAUCACCCAGGCUGGAGUGCAGUGGUGCGAUCAUAGCUCACUGUAGCUUCAACUUCCCAGACUCAAGCAAUCCUCCCACCUCAGCUUCCUGAGUAACUGGGACCACAGGCACAUGCCACCAUGCCCAGCUAAUUUAUUUAUAUUUUGUAGAGACAGGGUCUCCCUAUGUUGUUCAUGAUAGUCUUGAGUGAUGCUCCCACCUCAGCCUUUCAAUGUGCUGUGAUUACAGGAGGAAGCCACUGCACCAGGCUGAAUUUGUAAUUAAAAUUGUAACAUGACUAAGUUUUAUAUUAAUUCCUUAGGUAGGAAAGGUUAUACAUAUCAACACCUCAAUUUCAGAGGACUAUUCUCAAAGAACAUAAGGACACUAUAGGCCUCUGUACAGAGGUGUUUUAAGUGGUUUCACAAGUGUUAGAGGCAGGUUACCCUGACCAACACACUCCUGCUUGUCCAUAUGUCCAGUGUCAGCCAGAGAUAGCCUUGGGAUAUCUUCUCCCUAGAAGGAGAAGUGUUAACUGGUUCAAAUGGGAAUUGAACUCAUGACCUUGAUUUCAUUCCCACCAUGCUCAGUCACUGGCCAAACUGAAUAGAGACCAGUGAAAACAGCAGGCACAAGAUACUUAAGGACACACAUAGAAUCAGCAAAAACAAGAACAGCAAUGGACCCAAUGACAGACCACAACUCCUCGGCUACUGUCAGCCACUCAAUUCUGUGGCUCCUUCAGUAUUUUCCACGUCAUCCUUCAAACUGCUGACAGGUCUGGAAUUUUCUCCUUUUAAUUAAAAAAUCUUCACUUGUUAUUUCUGCAAUCUUAUAAAUUCAAUGAUGGUGCCUACAAA